AUGAAGAAGAAGAAAGAUGACGACGAAAACGACGAUGAUGAGAAUAAAAACGCAAAAAAAACGACCACAGAGAGAACACAACAACAGAAGACUUUUACGACGAAAGAGUUCGAGGGGUACUCGAAGAUAUGGCACGAAGCCGCGAAGAGUUUAUCAUCGAAAGAGAUGAUGAUGAUGAAAACAAAUCACGAUGAGAAGAAGCAAAAGAAGAAGAAGAAAAAAGAAGAAGACGAAGACGAAGAAGAGGAAAAUUUCUCGAAACUUUUGCUUUCAAAAGAACUCGUCGCCAAAGAAGCGAUAAAAGAGAGAGAAAAGCAAAACGAGAAGAUAAAGUCGAGGAAAAGUGGAGAUGGGUUUCAGAAUUUAGUUCGAUCUACGGGGACCGCGUCCGAUAAGAUUGCGAGCAACACGAUCGCGGUGCAAGACGACGCGGCGGCGAACUUGAAACAGUUGGAAAGUUUGUUGGAGCUGUGCGAGAAAGCGAGACUGAAAGGCGGGAAAAGAGGCGCCGCGCAAGCCAUACAAGCGUUGGAGGAGCUUUUUAAAUCAGCUUUGUUGCCUUCAGAUAGGAAACUGAAGUACUUCGCGGACCAAAAUUUAAAAGACAGCGAUAAGUUUCCUCACGAACGCAAACGGUUGAUGUAUUGGUACGUGGAGGAUUACAUCAAACGAUGUUACCACCGGUUCGUGCAAUCGUUAGAGGCUCUGUCGAAAGACCCUUUAGUUAUUUUAAAAGAGAAAUCUAUGAAGUGCGCGUUUGGUUUGUUGGUGAAUAAACCGGAAGCGGAGUUACAGUUGUUGAGAUUGUUGACGAACAAAUUAGGCGAUCCGCAAAGGAAGAUGGCCUCAAACGCGAGCCAUCUUUUGUUAGAGGUGACGGUGAAACACCCGAUGAUGAAAUCAAUCGUCGCGAGAGAGGUGGAACAGUUCAUGUUUCGACGGGGCGUCAGUUUGAAAGCGCAGUAUUACGGCGCGGUUUUGUUAAACCAAAUGCCGCUGUCGCACAAAGGCGAAGGGCCGAAACUCGCCAAGCAGUUGGUGGAGACGUAUUUCAGUUUGUUUCAGUUUUUGUACGACAAGUCGAGGUAUACCACCGAAAAUAGCAACAAUAACGACGGAGAUAGAAAAGAAGAUAGCAACGACAGUCCCGCCGCGAACGGUGGGAAAAAGAAAAGGUUUCAUCCGAAAGGCGGACGAGGAGGUGGAGGAGGUCGAGGAAGAGGUCGAGGAAGAGGUAAAAAAGGCGCCGCGACGCCAACGACUUCGAACUCUGCAAACGAACAGAUCGGUUCCGGCGUCGACGCACGAGUCGUUUCCGCGCUUUUAACUGGCAUCAACCGCGCGUUCCCGUACGUCGCUCAAUCUGAAAGAGAAUCCAUGGUUGAGAAAAUCGCCCCGGCGCUUUUCACCACGGCGCACUCGCCGAAUUUAGCCGCCUCGAUUCAAGCGUUGACGUUGAUUUUUCAACUGCACUCGUCAAAGAAAUCUUCCCCGAUUACAGAUCGGUAUUAUCGAGCGUUGUACGAGGUGUGCAAUCAUCCGCAAGUGCCUAAAGCGGCGCACGCCGCGCCGUUUUUGUCCCUCGUGUUUAAAUCUCUGAAAGCGGAUAACAAUAACAACAACAACAACAACAACAAAAGCGGAGACAUAGAAAAGCACAAGAAACAACAACACGAUGAUGAUAACGACGACGACGACGACGACGACGACAAAAAAGAUAAAACUAAAAGUAAUGAACGCAUUGCCCGAUCGUUAGCCAUCGUAAAGCGUUUGUUGCAAGUUGCCAUGCACGCGCCGGCGACGUUCGCGUGCGGUUCUUUGAUGGCGACGUCUGAGUUUUUCCGUAUUCGUCCCGCGCAUUGGAAGAUGGUUCAAAAAGAGGAAGGGAUGAUUAAGAAAAGUGUGCCGAACGGCGUUUCAUCGCGAGGAGAAGAUAGCGAAAGCGAAAGUGAAGGAGACAACAACGAUGAUGAGGAGGGAAAAGAAAACAUGAAGGAAAGCAAGCACGGCGGCAAAACUUCAAACUCUUCGUCGUACGAUCCGUACAAGCGCGAACCGCUCUACGCCAACGCGCAUCUCACGUGUCUGUGGGAACUCACCGCGUUAGCCUCGAACGUCCACCCAUCCGUCGCCGCGAUGGCUAAAAGCUUACUAAACGGCGACGAAGUUUCCUACGACGGUGAUCCGUUGACGGAAAUGACUUUAAUGUCCUUCCUUGAUAAAUGGCUGAUGAAGAAAGUUGGAAGUAAAAUCGCGAAGAAGGCGAAGAGUAGCGUCUUUGAUACGUCCGCUGCUAUCGCGCAAUCCUCGUUCGUUCCUGGCACUUUAGAGUUUGCGGCGAUGAAGGAAAGCGAAGUUGACCCGUCGGAAAUUUUCUUCCACAGGUAUUACUCGGUGAAACAGAGCGAAAAGUUGGUAAAGUUGAAAUUGAAGGAGAAGAAAGACGACGACGACGACGGAAGCGAGAGCGAAGAAGAGGAAAGCGAUAGCGACGAAGGUAAGAAAAAGAAGAGCGAUUUCGGUCACAGCGAAAGUGACGACGAUUCGGACUCUGAUGAAGAGAACGUCGAAGAUGAAGAUUCUGAGUCAGAGUCUGAUUCUAAAGACGCUCGGAAAAAGAUUAUGAAAGAUUUCGCCGCGGAGGACGACGACGACGACACCGACGAAGACGACAUCGUCGCCAGAGCUGAAAACAAAGAAGAGAAAAUUGACACGGAUAAGUUCAACUACGAUGCGCUCGCUGCUGCUUACGGUGAAAAACCAGGGUAUUUGCUUUCAAAGAAGAAACGAAAGGCGUCGAGAGAUGAAUACGAAGAUUUCAUCAAAGAAGAAGAAGAAGAAGAAGAGGAAGAAGAAGAGGAAGAAGAGUCCGACGACGAUGAGGAUGAACUGAAAGGCAUGCUUCUAGAUAAGAGCGAUGAUGACGACGAAUUCAGCGGCGGUGACGACGAUGUGUUUGCCAGCGCGGAGGAUUACGAGGAGAAGAUUGAGAGCGAUUUCACGAAGAACGUUCCCGUCGAUCCAGAAUAUUUUUCCUCCGCCGAGAAGAAGCAAAAGAAGAGAAGAAAAAGCAAGUGA